CUGUUUAUCUUCAAAGGCUCCUGAGUAUGCUAACGCAUCGCCCGGUGUGGACAUGAACAAGAGUAAGGCUGCGUAUGAGGAUAAGAAGGUAAUAACUGGGUUUGACGCUACCAAAUGGGGAUUGGAAUAAGUGUGGAGAAGCUUAUUUUUUAUUACUUAAUUUAGCCCGAACCAUCGGGAUUUGCACCACAACAACAACAACAGCAGCAGCAGCAGCAGCAACAGCCUCCUCGUCAGCAACCUCAGGCAACCGGCUCACCUGUUGGUACGAAUGCUGGUUAUCAGCCCUAUGUUGGUGGUAGCUGGAACAACAAUCAUCCUGGCUACAUGGCCGCUGCCGCCGCUGCUGCGGCUGCUAACCCUUACCAUCAACAGCAACAACAACAUCCAUCCACACAGCAACAGCAGCAACAGCAGCAACAGCAGCACUAUGGUGGCCCUGUUCCUUCAUACUACGGCGCUGCCCAGCCCCACAGUCAUCAGCAACAACCUCAACAACAGCAAUCCCCGUAUCUUUCACAACAACAGCAACAGCAUGCAGGUUACUGGCCUGCAUCGUCUGCACCACAACCACCCACCCGCAACCAUCCGUCCAUGGCACGGCAAGACCAGCAUCCUGGUUCUCCCAUUGCUGGUUCAGGGGAAAACAAGGCAGACGGUAACAAGCCUGGCGUCGCAAACUAAAAAAAAAACAUCCAAGGUCUUCUGAAUGAUACACUAUAUCCUCUCUACUUUCUCGUACUCUGUCUUUUCCCCCCAUUACUGUAGUUUUUUUCCUUUCUAUUUUGCUGUUA